AUGCAGCCCCAUCCAAAUCCUGCGCAAAGACGUCGUCGAGCGGCACAGACACCCGCCGAUCCUACAAUCAUCGCUAGACAGAUCUUCGCAGAAGCAAGACCAUACAAUGCCUACCCUUCAUGUGCGGCACCUCUAUCUUCCGAAACCCUCCCUCUGCCUGGUGAAGCCUUUACUGGUUGCGUCGGCAGCAUUGCCCCAAUUCAGCAUUUUCCAUAUUCCAUCGACGCUCUCGGCCGCCCAAUCCCGCCCACAACUCCGCGUAUAUCAUCUUCCAGCCCAAAUCAUAGCUUAUUCCACUAUGUACGCCACGAAAACGUUCCUCCUAGCCAGCUUGGUCCUAUAAACCCCAGUCCUGCUGUUCAACUACGAACACGCCGUCUACUGCAAAAUGCCUCGACUAGGGAGAACAGUCAACAGGAUACAGGCCCGAAGAAUCCAAUGAGCAGCAUCAGAGAUCCACAGCGUACAACAUCGCAAGGCAAUGAAGCUCGGUCAUAUAGCCACUGUUUGGAAGCCUGCAACGCUCAGCCGCCAGGAAAUCUGGGCUCUCCAUGUUCCUUCAGUCCACCAACACGAUCUGCAAAGUCACAAGCUCACACACGCCUUGCCAGGAAUCCUGCUCCAACUUCCAGAGGCCCAGAAAGUCAAAGUGAUUCGGCUUCCACCAACGACCGCGAGUACUUGUGGCUAGAGCACGGUCAAAAAGAUCCCACUGUCCGGUCGUUGCAGGCGCGGAGCCCUGAAGACUGUAAUAGGAGGGAUGCCAUGCGACAGAAAGGAGGUUCCUGUGCUCCCUGUCGUCGUUCGAAAAAGCAAUGUGAUGAUCACGAUUACUGUCAGAGUUGUAUCCGCAAGAAAUUCCUCUCAGAAGCAAAAAUGUUGGCAUUGAUGGAGUCGAACACAUACAUUCCUGGCUUCGAAGAUGUUUCUCUGCGUGACCUGGACCCGUCUACGCUCCUCAACAACCGAUCGCCGGCAGAAGUCGCUCGUGCCGCCAUGACGGCGGCACAGGUGCAGGCGAUCAACCAUGUCAACGAUUGGUUCAAAUGGGUCUCACGGAACAUUGACCCGAAGCCGUUCUACGACGCUAUGUUCCAGGGUGAGGUCUCCCUUGGAAUCACAUCUGGUCCGGAUGGCAAGACCGAAAGUUGCUUCAACCUUGAAUAUGUGCACAUAUCCAAUCACUUCGAAAUAGCGACGUAUCCCCUAGAUGACAAAAUUUUAGAGGCCGCAUUCUUACAGCAUUCCAGCGCUCAAAUGCCUGAUACACCAAGGCAUGAUGCUCCACGCUCUCAGUGUGCAAGUCGCCUAAGUUCGGCUGUUUCACAUACCUUUGCCUUCCUCAAGAGCUUCGCAGAUGCAAACCUAUACGCGCAUAUCAACCACAUUGCCGCUGCCAGGGCUACUGUUUCGAUCGUCUAUGCCAACCUUUAUCGCUUAUUACUCUCUAAAAGUGAUGCUUUCUGCUCGUUUGUAUCGAGGGCCUUCCAGCAUGACUUCCAGUACUGUGCACGGGCAUCUCGGGAUAAUCUUCUGGAGGACGCUCUUCGCGGUCUCGCUCAGUACUACAGCGUACUGACCGCACUUGCAAAACUAGAGCUUCAGUCUUCCUCUGAGGUUGCUGCACUCUUUUCAAAGCUCGAACAGCGUGCCAAAGGUCUUCUGGAGAAGGGUGGCAUAAGGAGGUUGUUCCUCGACAUCUACACGAAGUUAAGAGAUUCCACACAUGCGCGUGGCGGAGUUCCUCAGCCUGAAUUCGAAGAGCUCUUACGCGACUACGUCUCCGAUGUGCCACCGAUCAAAUCAUUGUCAAUUGCCCUUCGUGUCAAUUCUGGUAAUGGCGACAUAGCACCCGUGCCCACGGAAGCGUUCCGGGAUACCGAUCCAUAUAAUCAUAACAUCCAUAUCAAAGUCCGAGACUUACUCAAGAGGUCUGAAGAGAGUGUCAUGGAUCCCAAACAACUGUAUAUCGACGGUAUUGUGGAAAAUUUUGACUUCCUCGGACAUACACUGCCAGACGAACCUGAUAUCUCAGCUAGCUGGUUAGGUGAUCUACAGGAGCUACUCUCCAACCGGAAUCCUAGUGUGGCCGACACGCCGUCUGAGAGCAUGGAUCCCGAACAUGGAAGCCUUCGUCCUUCGCAAGACAACGACACCCUAUCUGUCAAGAGCGAGUCCACGAUCCAGGAUCACAUUCAGUUCGAUCAUCCUCACCUCACAGAUGCCUUGGUUGGGGGGGACCAAGAGGACCACGAUUGGCAACAAGUACAAUCUAGAAAGAGACGACAGCGUUCUGAUGAUUCUCAAAACUCGCAGCAAUCCUCUGGUCGUGGAGAGCGAAAGCACAUCAAACUCGAAGCGGGAAGAGAAAGUCCUCCACCUUACCAACACAACUAUUUUGAUGUCUUGACUGGUGAACCUGCUACGCUUGGCUGA